AUGGAGGGUUGUGGACCUGCCAUCCCUGAGGGCUGCAAAGGAAAGGACAGACAGAUCCAAGACGAGUAUCUACCAGAUAUGGACGAGUGUGCAGUGGUGAACGGAGGCUGCCAGCAGGGCUGCAUUAACACCCAUGGCUCCUUCUACUGCCAGUGCCAGGUGGGAUACAGACUGCACACCGAUGGGCGCACGUGCUUACUGAUAGACCCCUGCACAAGUGGGAAUGGAGGAUGCUCACAAAUCUGUCAAAAUGAGAGAGGAAUUGCCAAAUGCGAGUGUCAUCCAGGGCAUUAUCUUUCUGCAGACAAGAAGUCCUGCUUAGACAUUGACGAGUGUGCAGAAGGGAGAGCCAGGUGUGCUCAUCGUUGUGUGAACACUCUGGGAUCCUUCACCUGUGCCUGUAAUCCCGGUUUCGAGCUGGGGGCUGAUGGAAAGCAGUGCUACCGCAUCGAAAUGGAAAUCGUGGAUAGCUGCCAGAACGACAACGGCGGCUGCUCUCACCGCUGCGAGCACACGACGGCGGGGCCGCGCUGCUCCUGCAACGACGGCUACAUCCUUGCCUUGGACGGCAAAACGUGCACAGAGGUGGACGAGUGCGAGACCGGUGCGUCCUGCUGCUCCCAGUUCUGCAUCAACUACGCGGGCGGCUACGAGUGCUCCUGCAAGGCCGGCUUCCAGCCCAGCGCCGACGGCUGCGGCUGCGACGAUGUGGAUGAAUGUCAUCUGGAGAACGGCAACUGCGACCAUUUCUGUGUUAAUUCUCUGGGGUCAUACGAAUGUGUGUGCAAGGAGGGAUACAGGCUGGGCCUUGACAGGCGGUCCUGCAUCGCGCUAGGUGGGGACGAGGCUGUGGCGGGGUUUGCCGGGGCUCCGGGGCUGCAGUUCAGAGGUGCCCCCCAGCUCCUUCGCUACGAGCUCGGGGUCCCGCAGGAGGAUGAGGAGCGUCGAGGAGAGCUGACGCUGGUGCACAGAGUCGUUUGCCUUGAUAACACUUUUGGCAACGACUGUAGCUUGAGCUGUGAGGACUGUAUGAAUGGAGGCAGAUGUAACAGCGAGAGCAGUGCCUGUGUUUGCUCACCUGGGUGGACCGGCAUCAUCUGCAACGAAACUUGCUCCCGUGGGACGUAUGGUGACGGCUGUGCUGGUGUUUGUAAGUGCCAGAAUGGAGGCUCCUGCGACCCCGUCACGGGGCAGUGUCACUGCCCGCCGGGAAUCCAGGGGACAUUUUGUGAAGACGGAUGUCCCAAAGGACUCUUCGGGAAGAACUGCAACAAGCAGUGCAACUGUGCCAACAGCGGCUAUUGCCACAGGCUGUACGGAGCCUGCCUGUGCGACCCCGGGCUGUACGGGCGCUUCUGCCACCUCACCUGUCCCAGGUGGGCCUUCGGAGCUGGCUGCUCGGAGGAGUGUCAGUGCGUGAAGGAGCACACGCUGGAAUGCAGCGCCAGGAACGGGACUUGCGCCUGCAAGCCUGGCUACCACGGCAAAAAGUGUCAGAAAGAGUGCUCGCCUGGCUUUUAUGGAGCUGGUUGCAAACUGAGGUGCAACUGUUCUACCGACGCUUUGUGCAAUCGUGAGACGGGAGCCUGCAAGCAUCCCUGCCCACCUGGUUUUCAUGGAGAAAAAUGCCAUUUAUACUGCCCUGACGGCCGGUGGGGCUCAGGCUGCCAGUCCUCGUGCGAGCCCUGUGCCCAGGGGGGCCGGUGCAACGGGGAGACCGGAGCCUGCGAGUGUCCCCCGGGGUACAGUGGGGCGGGCUGCUCUGAACCCUGCAAUAGUGGCCGCUGGGGACCGCGCUGUGAAAACACCUGUGUCUGCAAUAACAGUGAUGGUAGCUGCGAUCCCGUCACUGGAUCUUGUUUCUGUGAACCAGGAUUCACUGGGAAGCACUGCGAACAGAGAUGCCCUGAGGGAAGCUUUGGCCUGAACUGCGAGCACAGCUGCCAGUGCCAGAACGGAGCCGUCUGCGACCACGUGAGCGGAGCCUGCACUUGUGGUGCUGGCUGGAUGGGGACCUUCUGCGGAAAAGCUUGUCCAGAAGGAUUUUUUGGGCUUGACUGCCACCACGUGUGCAACUGCAAGAACGCUGCAGGCUGUGACCACGUCCUGGGAACGUGUCGCUGCCUCCCCGGCUGGCUGGGAGAGACCUGCGAGCAGCGUACGUACCGCACCCGCCGCGGCCCCCGUCAGCGUGGCACGGGUCUCUUCUGGGAAUGGAGGGUGACCCGCCAGGCCUGCCAGCGGGACAGGUACGGGCAAGGCUGCACUCACACCUGCGACUGUCACAACGGAGCGCUCUGUGAUCAUGUCACCGGGACGUGUGCUUGUACCCCCGGCUGGAAAGGAGCCACCUGCCAAGAAGCCUGUCCUCCUGGGCGGUACGGUGCCAACUGCCUGCAGAGCUGCCUCUGCCGCAGCCAGGCUACGUGCGACCGCAUGACGGGCGAGUGCCGGUGUCCCGAGGGCUGGAUGGGAGCAGCCUGUGAGCUCGUCUGUCCCCCUGGAUAUUUUGGCGAGCGGUGCGAGGAGCAAUGUGACUGCGUACACAGCGUGUCCUGCCACCACCAGACGGGAGCGUGUCGCUGCAAAAAGGGGUGGCGAGGGAGGCACUGUGACAAACGUGAGUGUCUGCGGGGCGUUCAGGGAGCAAAGCUAGGGGUGGUGUUGUGUUCCUCCCCGAUCCCAGUGGGUGGCCGGAUCCUUUCACUCUGGGUCAGUUCUGAAGUGUUCACAGGGGAUGGGUGCAGUGUGUUGGUCCGAGGGGGUAGCUCUGUGCUGUCCUGCCUGGGUGCUAACGGUGUCACCCUUGCAGCUUGCUUGCCCGGCCACUACGGCACGGGCUGUGCCCAGCGGUGCCGGUGCCUUGCUGGCACCCCCUGCCACCACCUGACGGGCAAGUGCGGUUGUCCUCCGGGAUUCACCGGCUUCAGCUGCGAGAGAAGGUGUCCAAAAGGUUCUUAUGGUUCAUACUGCCAAAAAGCCUGUAAAUGCAUGAAUGGAGGCCACUGCGACCCCGUGUCGGGAACUUGUGAUUGCGCGCCUGGUUUCAUUGGAGCCGACUGUAGUAAAAUGUGUCCCCAGGGACAAUAUGGCCCCAACUGCCGCCUGACAUGUGCCUGUCAGAACGGCGGUAUCUGUGACCACGUGGAUGGCAGCUGCACUUGUGGACUCGGAUGGACAGGAAGAGCGUGUGAGAAAGAAUGUCUCCCUGGGAAGUACGGCUCUGGCUGUGGCUUGGACUGCAUGUGUCAGCACAACGGCACUUGUGACAGGUUCACGGGGUGCUGCCGGUGCCCCGAAGGGUAUUACGGACGCUCCUGCGAGCACAGGUGCCCCCUUGGAUUUUACGGGCUAAGCUGUCUUCAUGCAUGCGCCUGUAAAAAUGGAGCGAGCUGCGAUGUCGUGACGGGGCAGUGCAUUUGUCCUUCAGGUUAUCAGGGUGUCCACUGUGACAAAGGCUGUGACAGCGGGUGGUUUGGAGAGAGCUGCCAGCAUCAGUGUGACUGCGGAGGAGCUCCCUGUGACCCAGCCACUGGGAAGUGCCUCUGCCCACCUGGGAAGACUGGAGACAAGUGUGACAUCGGAUGCAGGUCGGACCAGUACGGCCCCAACUGCUCUCUGCGAUGCCAGUGUGCCAGCAAAUCCCAGUGCAAUCCCUACAACGGGAAGUGCGUGUGCCCAGCCACAUGGAUGGGGCCAACCUGCAAAGAAGGUGGCCCUCCAAAGCCUCCUUUUUAUGAAGAACAAACUCAAGAAAGGGGGAGUAUUUUUCCAAGAGCUCUACAACAGUAA